AAUAUACCUGUUUCCUGUUUAUUUUACUCAUUUUUUUUGUUCACUAUUGGUUAAAAGGACAUUCGAAGAAAAAAUACAAUAAAAAUAAAAACUGCAUCUUGAUUGAGGUGCUUAUGAUGGAUUUUAUUUAUUUAUUUAUUUAUUUAUUUUAUAGCAAUAUUUCACACCAAAUCACAGUACAACAAAACAAACAAAGAAAACAAUCAUCCCCUAUUGCACAUUUGGUCUGUCUUUCAUUCUGAGUAAGUGCUGGAGGUUUGUCUGGGUCUUCUACAGGAUAAGUAUAUACCGUAAACAACAUCCCAGAGAGAGACAUUUUGUCUAAUAAAGAUGUUGUGCAAGGCAAUACAGGAUAGUACUGUGUUGCAUUUCUUAUGUGUUUCCACUUGCCUGUAGUCAAGACAUUCACACCACUCUUCAGAAGUAUUAAAUUGCACACCCUGUUUUGCUGUGGGUCCUGUUGAAGCAUGCCUUCUCAGGUGUGUUUGAAACAAGAAAAAGGGUCAUCAGCUAAUGCACACAGUGGAUACAUCAGCCAGUGGAUACACAACUAAUAUUCUCCUAACAUUGAGAAGGAAAUGCACAUUGUAGACAGACGCAGGCCACUUCACCAUGCAGUUUGUAUGGUUGAAGCCAAUGCCACCCAUUUGCCUCUCUCCAGCUUUAGUUUGAUGGACUCCAACUCCCUCUCAUGAGGUGCUUAUGAAUGUAAUUAAUUUCCCCAAUACUAUUGAGCAUGUUCCCUGUAAAGAAAAAAAAAAUUGCACUUGCUCUAAUUAUGACUUGAAAGUAAAUGAUUUUACCAAGAGAUAGAGAAAAGUUUUGAUUCUACUAAGGACGUGUUUGAGAACGUUAGAAUAUAGUGGAAAAAAAAUGUGUAUAAGUCAGAGGUUAGGAUUGGGAAAGAAAUUCAACUCAAUUCAAUUUUAUUUAUAUAGUGCUUUUAACAGUGCUUUUGGCAAUCAAAGCAGCUUCACAAAAUCAGAAUGAGUCAGCAGGUGCAGAGGACAGAGGAGGACAGAGGGGGUCUGAGGGGGUCUGGACCACUGGGAGUACAGGAGCAGCAUGUGUAGCUCCAAAUUAUCAUGAAGUCAAAUCCAGCUGGAGCUGGUCCUUCCCUGGAUGUCAUGUCUAGCGAGAUAAGGAGGCGAACGGAGAUGCAGGGUUAAGUAUUUAUGGUUUUAUUAGCCACUUACAGUUCAUGUAACAGAAAACAAGAGAAAACAGGUGUGACACUGGAUGUCUCAGAAUCCUCCCUGGGUGGACCUCUGUCUACUGAAGCUGGCACAAUCUCCAGAUGCCUUGGGAUUGGUAGAAAAAUAAAGAACAGUUGGAAAGAAUUAGCAUAGUUGCCAUUGAUAUUAGCAGCACUAGAUGAGAGUGCGCAUUUAGAUGUACUGGAGUAUGAGGUUAUGGGAUGAAUUACAUGUAUGCCAAGUUAAAGAGGCGUGUCUUGAGUCUACUUUUAAACUGAUAGACUGUGUCUAAGCCCCGAAGGCUAUUCCAAAGCAUAGAAGCUAAAUAUGAAAAUUCCCUUCCCCCUUUGUAGAUUUAUGGAAACUACCAGAAGUCCAGAGUUUUGUGAUAAUUUGAUAUUUUUGAUAGCGGUGGAGAGCACAAACAGCAGCCCGGUCCUCUCUUUGCUGGCAUAGGUUUAUUUUUAUUUUUUAUUAUUAUUAUUGCUACUGAGUGUUUCUGCAUAUUGUUACCAUAUCAAGGCACUUAGGCAGAGCAAGAUGAACUCCUCAGCGUUAGCGGUGCUGUAUACCAUACCAACUCGGCCAUGAUGUUUUCAUCCCUUCGCAGUGUGAUUGCUAGAUCACCACCGGGAACUCUCGCGGCAGCAAACCGGAGGAGGAGACGCUGUGAGCAGGAGCAGAAGAGAGGCAGGCGUAAAGGCUAGGCUAAAGGCUAAGCCCUUCAAACCACUGCUUCCAUCCAUAUUUCUCUCCAAUGUCCGGUCAAUCCUCUACAAGAUGGAUGAAAUACGAUUUGGGUUGACGACGCGGAGGUUCCUGGUAAAUUGUUGCAGCAUAAUUUUUUACUAAGACCUGGCUGGAUUGCACCAUCCCAGAUGCGGCUAUUGGGCUGACCAGCUUCACCGUGCACCGAGCUAACAGGACAGCAGAUUCGGUGUACAGCAGAAAGCAGGAGACAAAAAUAAAAAGAUCACCACAGAUACAGGGCCUGACCCAGAACCUGCUGUGAAGGAAUUCCAGGAACAGUUCAAAGUAAAUUUGCUGAAAAUUUUGGAGUGUUUAAAUGAUGUGAUGAUAAACCAGGAAAACCGAAUACCAAUCAAUGACAUCCACAUGGAGGUCUACAUCACAGAGGGAGACAGUGACAUCAAUCAAGAACAUGAGGUGAGACAGACUGAGGCAGCGUCCAGGACAACAACACCAGAGGAAACACCAAUCAAAUGCAAUGACAUCCUUAACCCGUUCUCUGAAGAAGAUAAACCCAUUAGAACUGUUUUGACGAAGGGGGUCCCUGGAAUUGGAAAAACAGUCUCUGUGCAGAAGUUCAUUUUGGAUUGGGCUGAAGGGAAAGAAAAUCAGGACAUCCACCUCAUAUUUCCACUUCCUUUCAGAGAGCUGAAUCUGAUGAAGGAGCAGAAACUGAGUCUGAUGGAGCUCCUUCAUGUCUGUUUUAAGGAAACAAAAGUAAUAGAAAUGUCCAUAUUGAAAAAGGUUCUGUUUAUUUUUGAUGGAUUGGAUGAGUGCUGUUUUCCUCUCGAUUUCCAGAACACAAUAAGAGUGUGUGAUGUAACUGAAUCAGUAUCAGUGCCUGUGCUGCUGAUAAACCUGAUCAAAGGGAAUCUGCUUCCCUCUGCUCUCAUCUGGAUCACCGCCCGACCAGCAGCAGCUGAUCAAAUCCCCUCUGAGUGUGUUGAUCGAGUCACACAGGUCCGAGGGUUCAAUGAUGCACAGAAGGAGGAGUACUUCAGGAAGAUGAUCAGUGAUCAGAGCCUGGCCCAUACCAUCAUCACACACCUGAAGUCAUUAAGAAGCCUGUACAUCAUGUGCUCCAUCCCAGUCUUCUGCUGGAUUUCAGCCACUGUUCUAGAGACAAUGUUGGGUAAAGCAAAGAGUGGAGAGAUCCCCAAGACUCUGACUCAAAUGUACACACACUUCCUCAUCAUUCAAAUAAACAUCAUAAGAGAAAACUACUCAGAGAAGCAGGAGAGUGAUAAAGAAAUGCUUCUUAACCUGGGACGACUGGCUUUUCAGCAGUUGAAGAAAGGCAACUUGAUCUUCUAUGAAGAAGACCUGAGAGAGUGUGGCAUUAAUGUGAGAGAAGCAGCAGUGUACUCAGAUGUGUGUACGCAAAUUUUCAGAGAGGAGUUUGGCCUUCACCAGAGUAAAGUGUACUACUUUGUUCAUCUGAGUGUUCAGGAGUAUCUUGCAGCUCUGUAUGUGCACCUGAUGUUCAUGAGGGAAAAGAGAAAUGUUCUUCAACAGCAUCAGUCUUUAGAACUAAAAGAAAUUACAAUCUCAGAUGUCCAUAAGAGUGCUGUAGAUCAGGCAUUGCAGAGUGAGACUGGACAUCUGGACAUUUUCCUUCGCUUUCUUCUGGGUCUUUCACUUGAGCCCAAUCAGGAUCUCUUACAUUUCUUUGUAACACAGAUUAAAUGUAAUUUAGAGAGCAAAGAGGAAACAGUUCAAUACAUUAAAAAUCAGAUCAGUAGAGAUCCUCCUACAGAGAAAUCCAUCAAUCUGUUCCACUGUCUAAAUGAACUGGGUGAUGAUUCUCUAGUAGAGGAAAUCCAACAAUACCUGAAAUCUGGAAAACAAAGUGAACUCACUUCUUCUCAGUGGUCUACUCUGGUGUUUGUGUUACUGACAUCAGCACAUGAACUGGAGGAAUUUGACCUGAGUAAAUAUACGACUCCAGACAACAUAUCAGAUUGGGUUCUUGUGAAGGUGAUGCCUGUGGUCGCAGCAUCUAGAAAAGCAAUUAUCACUUGUGGUACAAUUAAUAGGAGAAGUUGGACAGCUCUUAACUCAGUGCUCAUCUCAAAAACCAUCAGUCUGAGAGAGCUGCAUUUGAGUGUGAGUGCAAUUGAUCUGUCUCAGAAUGAACUAGGAGACUCAGGAGUGAAGCGUCUCUCUGCUGUACUGGAGGAUCCUCACUGUAAAGUAGAAACACUGAGGUUGUUUAAUUGUGGAAUCUCAGCUGAAGGCUGUGCUGCUCUGGCUUCAGCUCUGAAAUCAAACCCCUCACACCUGAGAGAACUGCAACUGUCUAAUAAUAACCUAGGGGAUUCAGGAGUGAAACAUCUCUGUGCUUUACUGGAAAACUCUCACUGUAAACUGGAAAAACUGGGGUUGCAUGACUGUGAUAUCUCAGAUGAAGGCUGUGCUGCUCUGACUUUGGCUUUGAGCUCAAACCCCUCAAACCUCAGAGAACUGGAUCUGUCAUGGAAUAAAAUAGGAGACACAGGAAUGAAUUGCCUCUCUGCUGUCCUGAAAAAUCCUCACUGUAAUCUGGAGACACUGAGGUUAAUGUGCUGUGGUGUCUCAGAUGAAGGCUCUGCUGCACUGGCUUCGGGUUUGAAAUCAAACCCUUUAUACCUGAGACAACUGAAUUUCUCAAAGAAUUGUCUCAGAGACUCAGGAAUAAAGUUCUUUUCUGCUGUACUGGAGAAUCCUCAUUGUAAACUGGAGACACUGAGGUUGUUUCAGUGUGAUCUCACAGGUGAAGGCUGUGCUGCUCUGGCCUCAGCUCUGAUAUUAAACCCCUCACAUAUGAAAGAACUGCAUCUGUCUGAGAAUAAUCUAGGAGACUCAGGAGUGAAGCAUCUCUCUGCUCUACUGGAGAAUACUCACUGUAAGCUAGAGGCAUUGAGGUUGUGUCAGUGUGAUGUCUCAGAUGAAGGCUGUGCUGCUCUGGCUUCAGCUCUGAGAUCAAACCCCUCACACCUGAGAGAACUGGAGCUGGUAAAGAAUAAAAUAGACGUCCCAGGGAGGAAUCUUCUCACUGCUCUACGGGACGAUGAAGGUUACAAACUAAAAGACCUGAGGCUGCAGUGAACUUGUGCGUGUGUGAAGAAGACUCAUGUUCCUGCAUUUCCAUGUUGGGAAUUAUACACAUAGGCUCAUAGGCCAGUUGAUGUGAUUUUUUUCCAAAAAUGGUCAACAUCCUAUGUUCACUAUGAAUACCAUUAAGGAUGAAUAUCACCUUUUCCCCGUCUAUUUAUAUGUUUUUCCAGUGUAAUGGUAUAAUUUUCCCCAUGUAUUUGUAUGCUUUUUAUUUUCAAUAUAAUGGAUUUUCCCCAUGUAUUUGUAUGUUUUUUCCCUUUAAUUUGUAUGUGUUUCAAGUGUAAUGGUAUGUUUUUUUGUAUGUAUUUAAAUUUUAAAACUAUGGAUAAAAAUGCAUGAUAUCCUAUUUUUUAAAGAUACACUUUAUUUCAAAUCUUACACGCAUUGUUCACAUGUGUACUUUAAUUCUUUGCCCAUUUAUGAAAUACUCUUAUUCUUAACAAUUCAUUCACAGUACAUAAGUGUUUUGUGGCUACAUGUUUUUGAAUAUUUGGGAUUUCUAUGUAACCCAUUGCAUUAAGCUGUUAAACAGGACACCUUUAUCUGUUUUGCUGAAGAAUAAGCAAACUGGAAAUAAAUACUUACAGUAACUAUAAAUGACAUUAAACACUUUAUUUACAAA